CUAACAUCUAUUUAUUCUUAUUGACAAUAAAAAAUGUGAUUAGCUGAAGACGGAUUCGGUGCUUUAUUUUAAGACAUUUAUGAAUGAAGUUGAGUUUAAAAGUCCUUUCUAGUGUUUGUGUUGAAGGUGGUCAACAUUAAUUAUUAUUACAGUUUUACAUCAUAUGUUGCCUUAACAACAAUGAAGAGGAAUCUCUGGGGACAUAUUUAGUAUAUUUUUAAGUUAUUUAGUUAACUUUAUUGUUAAAUUAUGGGUUCCCUAACUGUAAAGGAAGUUUUGUGCGUGUUAUAUUCUGUGUUAUUAUUUGUGUCUGGAAUUGUACUUAUUUCUUUAUCGGCUAUUUUAGCAAUAAAACUUUUUAAUCAAUUUAAAUUUGUCCCCUCUGGCAGUGUGGGGCCUUUUAUUGUUAUUUUUAUAUUGGGAUUCAUUCACCUUUUCCUUACUUGGUUGGGCGUUAAAGGGCCUUCAAGAGAACAUGAUUUCCACAUUUACAUGUUUAUGAUACUUACUCUAAUUCUUUUAUGCGGCGAAUUUGCUAUUGGGGUAUGGUCCAUGGUUUUGCGGGGUCAAGUGGAAAAUGAGUCUGGGAAAUUAUUAACCGAAUCGUUUGAUGAAAUGAUUAAAAUCGACUACAACAAAAAAGAAUGGGUGCGAUUGCAAAUCGACUUAAAAUGUUGCGGUUUACAUGGUUCCCAAGAUUAUGCUAUUAAAGAUUCAUAUCCAAAAGCUUGUACAGAUUACCAAGUUUCUAAUGGGACUUUUCAAGUUUUAUAUGAAAAUGGUUGUAAUAAAGCUUUAGUGAAACAUGUUAAAAAAAUAAUGCUUUAUGGAGCUCUUCUGGGAUUUUUAUCAUCUUUAUAUCAGGCCGUGGGACUCUUUAUUUUUUACCUAUUUGUCAAGGAACUGAAAAAUGUAAGGUCCAAACGUAUAGCAAGGAGAUUGCAAAUGGACAGAGAAGCUGCUGCAGCUGUUCAUCCUCCAGGACCUCAGUCUUCCCCACCACCAGUGUCAACUUCACAAUAAAAACGUACCUGUGCAGUAAAACAGUAUUUAUUUUAUAAUACGUCAGCAUAAUUUUAGUAUCUAUUGAACUGUUUUAAUGCCAAAAUAUUCCUUCCACAUGACAAUAAACUUAUUUUUGUAUAGGAUUAGUUAGCUCCUUUAAUACUUAUUAUGUUUUUUCUGUUCUCUUAUUUUUU